CAUGUAUAUGCUAUUUUUACUAUUGACGUCCCGUUCAUUUUUUCCACAUUGUUAUUUAAGCUGAAGAUUAAUUUAGCGAAAUGUCGGAAAAUUUCAGUAAUACUGUCGUGUCUCAACCGCAUGAACCGGACGUUAGACGACCACCACCUAUAGCGCUCGGGAUUAACGUUGAAAAACCAAAAUUUCCUCAGUAUGCCGUCUACGCAAAACGUAUGGAAUCGUUUGAUGCCUGGCCAGAAUAUUUACCUGUCCGGAAGGCUGACCUGGUCGAAGCAGGACUUGUAUAUACAGGAGUUGGUGACAGUGUACGAUGUUUCUUCUGUGGCGGUGGACUGAGGAACUGGGAACAGGAUGAUGUACCAAUGGAGGAACACGCCAAGUGCUAUCCCAAAUGUCCACACAUCCUGUUAGUCAAGGGUCAGGCAUACGUUGAGAAACUUGGUCGUGGGGAAAAAACAGAGGAAGUUCAGACCGAUUCAGUCAUAGCAGGACCUUACUAUCUUGAAAGUGUUGCUGCACAAAGUUGUAUUGAAAUGGAUUACCCAAAAGAAAUGGUCCAGAAAGCAAUAGACAUAUUCAUUGACAGAUAUGCAAACAGUGAUUUUAAAGCUAGAGACUUGUGUGAAAUUUUGAUUGACCUUGAAGAACAGCCUAAUCAUGUUGAAAGUGUUGCUGCACAAAGCUGUAUUCAAAUGGGUUACUCAAGAAAAAUGGUUCAGAGAGCAAUUGACAAAUUCAUCUACAGAUAUGGUAACAGUUAUUUCAAGGGUAGAGACUUAUGUGAGAUUUUAUUAGAACUUGAGGAAGAGCCGACAAAGUCCUCACCAUAUGUGUCAGAUGCUGUUAAUGGCAGUAGAAGACACAUCCGUAAUGUUUCGGAAGAAUUUGAAAACAGAGAUAUGCAGACUGCGGGUGGCGAACCGAAGGAAGAUAGCUCAUCAGUUCAGACCAAUGCGGCAAUGGAAGGGCCAAAUCAUCUUGGAUCUGUCGCUGCACAAAGCUGUAUUGAAAUGGAUUUCUCAAAAGAAAUGGUUCAGAAAGCAAUCGACAAAUACAUUAACAGAUAUGGUAAUAGUGAUUUCAAGGGUGAAGAUUUAUGUAAGAUUUUGUUUGAACUUGAGGAAGAGCUGACAGAAUCCUCACCAUGUGUGUCAGAUAACGUAGACUGUAGAAGACACAUCCCAACUGUCGACUAGGAGUUGGAAUCCGAGUAUAUCCAAACUACCGAAGAAGCAGAGAUACCAGAAACUUAAGGCAAACAAGGUGUGAAAGAUUUGUUUGGGCAGUCGAGUAUAUGUGAUUUUUCUGCCGUCCCCCAGCACUUACAAACUAUAAAAAAAAGAUAUUAAUGGACAUAAAUUGGGACAGUUAUAUUUACUAUUAGAAAAUCUACAUUUGCUGCGUUGUGGACAUAGAUAUGGCUGUCCAAGGUGUUAAUCAGCAACAUUGUAGGGUGUAUAAAGGGUAAGAGUUACGGAAAUUGAAAAUGACUCAUUCAUUUGUAUCCCUGGAAAAUCUAGUCAUAGUUUUCUAUUCUGAAUCCGUCUAAACAAUUGAUCGCAUAUAUUGGCAUGCUGCCGUUUUACUUCAUAGGACAACAUCUGUCAAAAGCUGUCGUUAUAUGAACAAGAAAAUGUAUACGUGCAAUGGAACUUUACGCAGAGUUCGAAAAAAAUAUAGUAAAAAACCAACAUUUUAAACAUUUUAAUGAAUACCAAUUUAGAAAGUACAGACGCUUCAAAUUUACAAGGGUACCAUUUUCCGCACCCUUAUGCUCUUAUGUUUCAUAUAGCGGCCGCUUUUUAAUGCAUUUCCCCACGUAGUAAUGACGUCAUAAUUAUGAAUUGUCAAAUUUGCGGGUUUCUUUAAAUGCCAUCGCUUUUGUAGAACAUAAGAUUAAUAUUAAUAUUGAAGAGAAGAGUUUUUAGUUCGACUUUACGAAGUAAUAAAAAAGAUAAUGGAAAGUGAUCCUACUCGCCCCGGCAUCGGAGUCCGUCCGUGUUAACUGGGUUAAUGUUUUGACGCAAUUUCCCUUUUUAGCUCUUGUGCGUCCGUUCGCCCAUCGUCAACAAUUGUGUGACAUCUGCUCCAAAACAAAUGAAUGCAUUUUGAAGAAACGUGGAUGUUUCUUGAAUGGUCCUCUACCAAAAUUGUUCAAACGAUUCCGCUUGGUUGCACAAAGGGGCUGCCAGAGCUAAAAAUAGAAAAAUAUUCAAACGACAUCUCUUUCUAAACCAUGGGCUCGAUUUCAAAAUAACUAUACACUUAUAGUUCUACCAAGACAGUUCAAAUAAUUUUGAUUCGUCAAAAAGGGGACGUUGUCAUUUUCCCUAUAUGUAUAUAGUGGAAACUUCUAAAAACAUGAUUGUGUGAAACUGCUUGCCCAACUUUAAAAUAAUUUUACACAAAUAGUCCUUACGUGACCCUCUACCAAGUUUGUUCAGAUUAUUCCGAUUCGUCAAAAAACAAGGCUGCCAGGGGGUGUGGUCACUUUUCCCUAUAUGUAUAUAGUGGAAAUUUAAAAAAAAAUCUUAUUGUGUGAAACUGCCGGCCCGAUUUUGAAAUAAUUUUGCACAGAUGCUCCUUGUGUGACCCUCUACCAAUAUUGUAAUACAGAACUACAGCAAGUCAUUCGUCGCUGACGAAGAUCUCUUAACUGUACAAUUCAUCAUGUAAACUAAAUUGAUAAUCCAUCUUUUAUUUCAUCAUGUUACAUUUUAAGGGUUAUGACGUUCUAUGUGUGUGUUUUCCGCAAGACUUGAGUUUCACUUGAAAUGUGUGGUAUUUCUAUCUAAUACAGUACAUGAUGGCACCAUUUACCGGGAGGUUGAACCACUAUAUGCAACCCGUCUGGGCGUACCAGAUGUUUAAAGCACUGGUAUUGGCAAUAGGGGUAAAACGACCUCAAGGGUGGGGAUGCGGUCAUGGCUGAUUGUUACAGUAAGGCUGUAAAUAUUAUCAUUGUUCAUUUAUGAUCUUGUUGUAAUAACUAUUAUUUUUUAUUAUUAUGUACAACGCCAUUGAAUAUAUCAUUUAUAAAAAAGGCGUUUAAUCAAAUUGUUCAGUUUCAGUUUUGUGAUUGCAUAUGUCAUGUUUUGUUAUUUUCCUACAUAUCUGCGAUGUGUCACAUGUUUAAUUGUAAAGCGCCUUUGAACGUAUAUUACAUAUGAAAAGGGCGCUCAACAAAUAUGGUAUAAUAAUAAUAAUUGUUCAAAUAAUUUCGGUUUGUUAAAAAACAUGAUUCCGGCAGAGGGUGUGGUCACUUUUCAUCAACAAAUUCUUUAUACAAAAUUUUCUCCAAAACCACAUAAUUGAUUUUGAUGAACCUUUACAUAAACGAUCUCUGGGUACCCUUCUUUCACAGUAGUUCAAAUGGGUUUUUAGCUCACCUGAGCAAUGCUCAGGUGAGUUUUUCUGAUCGCUCGAUGUCCGGCGUCCGUGGUCCGUCGUCUGUCGUCUGUCUGUCAACAUUUAGCUUGUGUAUGCGAUAGAGGCUGUAUUUUUCAAUUAAUCUUCAUGAAUAUUGGUCAGAAUGAUAACCUUGAUGAAAUCUAGGCCGAGUUCGAAAAUGGGUCAUCUCGGGUCAAAAACUAGGUCACUAGGUCAAAUCAAAGAAAAACCUUGUGUAUGCGAUAGAGGCUGUAUUAUUCCACUAAUCUUCAUGAAUAUUGGUCAGAAUGAUAACCUUGAUGAAAUCUAGGCCGAGUUCGAAAAUGGGUCAUCUCGGGUCAAAAACUAGGUCACUAGGCCAAAUCAAAGAAAAACCUUGUGUAUGCGAUAGAGGCUGUAUUUUUCAAUUAUUCUUCAUGAAUUUUGGUCAGAAUGAUUGCCUUGAUGAAAUCUAAACCGAGUUUGAAAAUGGGUUAUCUCGGGUCAAAAACUAGGACACUAGGUCAAAUCAAAGAAAAACCUUGUGUUUGCGAUAGAGGCUGUAUUUUUCAAUUAUUCUUCAUGAAUAUUGGUCAGAAUGAUAACCUUGAUAAAAUCUAGGCCGAGUUCGAAAAUGGGUCAUCUCGGGUCAAAAACUAGGUCACUAGGUCAAAUCAAGGAAAAACCUUGUGUAUGCGCUAGAGGCUGUAUUUUUCAAUUGAUCUUCAUGAAUUUUGGUCAGAAUGAUUGCCUUGAUGAAAUCUAGGCCGAGGUUGAAAAUGGGUCUUCUCAGAUUAAAAACUAGGUCACUAGGUCAAAUCAAAGAAAAACCUUGUGUAUGCGAUAGAGGCGAUAUUUUUCAAUUGAUCUUCAUGAAUUUUGGUCAGAAUGAUUACCUUGAUGAAAUCUAGGCCGAGGUCGAAAAUGGGUUAUCUGGGAUCAAAAACUAGGUCACUAGGUCAAAUCAGGGAAAAACCUUGUGUAUGCAAUAGAGGCUGUAUUUUUCAACUGAUCUUCAUGAAAUUUAGCCAGAUUGAUUACCUUGAUAAAAUCUAGGCCGAGUUCGAAAAUGGGUUAUCUGGGGUCAAAAACUAGGUCACUAGGUCAAAUCGAAGAAAAACAUUGUGUAUGCAAUAGAGGAUGUAGUUUUCAAUUGAUCUUCAUGAAAUUUGGUCAGAGUGAUUGCCUUGAUGAAAUCUAGGUCGAGUUUGAAUAUGGGUUAUCUGAAGUCAAAAACUAGGUCACUAGGUCAAAUUAAAGAAAAAUCUUGUGUAUGCGAUAGAGACUGUUUUUUUCAAUUGAUUUUUAUGAAAUUUGGUCAGGAUGAUUGCCUUAAUGAAAUCUAGGUUGAAUUUGAAUAUGGGUCAUCUGAGGUCAAAAACUAGGUCACUUGGUCAAAUCAAAGAAAAACCUUGUGUAUGUGAUAGAGGCUGUAUUUUUCAAUUGAUCUUCAUGAAUUUUGGUCAGAAUGAUUGCCUUGAUAAAAUCUAGGUCGAGUUUGAACAUGUGUCAUCUAGGGUCAAAAACUAGGUCAUAUCAUAAUCUAAGAAAAUGCUUGUUUUAUCACAAGAGACCAGUUUUUUGGUCCAAUCUUAAUGAAAAUUGGUCAGAAUAUUUGUUUCCAUGAAAUCACUAGGUCAAACAUGUUUUACACUGUUAUGGUGUGUUUCUUAGGUGAGCGACCUAGGGCCAUCUUGGCCCUCUUGUUUGUUGUUGUUGUUUGUUUUUUCUUUUUUUUUCUUUUUUUUAUAAAAUAGGACUUUAGCUAUCACACUUUAAUAAUUUUUUCCUUUGAGCUUUGAUCUUUGGCAUGUAAUAUUAGUGUUAAACUCUCUACCAUUAUUGACCAAAUUAUUUCCAUAAGGUCAAAAAUGGCAAUGACUCUCUUUGUGACAUGUACUUAGCUUACCACAGGCUUUCAUAUAAGAAAAUUUGAAAAUCUUCUUCUCUGAGUCAACAAUAGCUAGAGCCUUGCUUUUUGGCGUAUGAUAUCAGUAUUGUGGAACGGCUAAAAUAGAAGAAACCUGUCAAUACUUGCACCAUUACGUAACACAAACACACUUAAAGCUUUAUACACAGGUGAGCCCUUUAGUGUCAGUGACCCUCUUGUUUCUUAAAAAAUCAAAUAUAAUGGAUUUUGUUCAAACUUUAAACGGUUGUUGUACGUGGUCAUUCACAUCGUAAGACACAAUGUUCAUGACGCUUGCACUAAGAUGCUAUGAGUUAUGCCCCCUUUUUACUAGAAUUUCUGGUUCAAGUUCUGAUGCACUUCUGCUAUAUCUCACUUAUUUGAUUCAAACGUCUGUCGAACAGUUGUUCAACAUCAUAUGAGACAUGGUGCACAUUUUUUACAGAAAUUUUGCAUGAAUUAUAUCCCUUUUAUACAUUACAAAUGAUGUCUAUCUCUGUUAUUACUAAAUACAUUUGGCACAGACUUGAGCUAUGGAGCCCAGCUUCUUUAGUCAAGCGCGCUGUGACCAUUCUUGUUAGCUAAUCUGGCCACAUGUUCACAAAAGUUUUUCAGUCUCAGCUGAGUUUGAUAAUGAAACUUUAUUUAUCAUUUGUAUCUAAAUAGCAUGAUCAAAACUGAAACCUUUGUAAGAAUACACUGGCACUAUUUCAAUAUAAUUCCAGAGACAUUUUUCUAUAAAAACUUUUAAAUCCUACUGUAGUAUACUGCAGUUAGUGCCAUAAUAUAAGUACCGUUGGCCACUAUCUUGAACAUACUUUCGCUUAAGGACCAGAUGUUAUAUAUGGUAUUUUCCAAUGUUUCUUUAUUUUCAAAGCGUUGUUAUAAGUCUAGAAAAUUCAUAAGAUUCCUCAAAAUAUUAUCAAUACAGUUGAAUUGUUUAUCAUGUUCGUUAUGUAUAUGAAUUAUUAUUAAUUGUUAAUUGUUAUUGUUAAUGUCAGUUGUACUAUUAGACCUUUCUAACGUAAACGUAAUUACGAAACGGAAUACUGAAUCCGUAAAAUUUUAGGCUAAUUUGUGGUCUAUGGGAGACAAUUUCUUCCAAUAGUAAUACAAUAGUAUCUCCCUUAGACCAUUAUUUGCAAAUAACAUUUACGGAUUCAGUAAUCCGUUUCCGAUUUACGUUUACGUUAGAAAUGUCUAUUUGCCAAGUUGCUUUUAAUGUUUAUAUACAUGUUCGUUAUUUAUAUGAAUUAUUGUUAAUUGCUAUUGUUAAUGUUAAUUGUACUGUUUUCCUAGUUGUUUUUGAUGUUUAUACACCCUGUUCAGAAUUGCAGGGACUUUACAGACUGUGUUCCUUUUUCAUAAAUGCUCAAUAUUUCAUAUGUGCCAAUUCAGGUCCUUUUACGUAUUUUUACUGAGAAUGAAGUAUAUUUUUAUAAAUGUAAAACAGAAAAUAAAAAAAAAAAUGUUUAGAUUUA